AUGUCCGACAAAGAUCUUAUCAAUACAGAUCAAAUGGAUAACUUUGACUAUAACGAAGAUGAAGCCGGUCAAGCGCUGAAGAUCAUGGGCAAGUACAACACUUUGCCUUUAUAUGAGCAAAUUAGCAAAAGACCGGUCGUAAUGAGAUGGUUUAGAUCAGAAAAUGAUCCUUCGACACGUAUUCAGAGCCUAUCAGACUGCCUCACAAGUGUAAGCAAGACUCUGACAUCCCAGGAGAUCGAGGAGGUUAUGGAAGAGAUGAAGAUAUUUAGACAGAAUGAGCAUCAACAGGGCUCAGACGCCUAG